UAAAAAUUGCUACCUUAGUAUUAGCAAUCGACAAAACGAGGUACAAAACAUUCGGAGUGAGAUUUCGUUUCGUUGAUUUUUCUGUGCCGGUUUUUGCAAUAUCUCCAAAUAAUAUUUACCGUUAGAUCACUCCUUCGCUUAAUUAAAGAUCUUUCACAUUAAUCACUGAUUUAUUUAUCAUAACAGAAUAUCAGACGUCUGUGGCAUAAGCAAGAUUUUCCUGCAGAUACAUUCGUGAAUAUUGAUCAUCUUUUGAAGACUAAUGGAAGAUGUUAUAAAUAAAAGACAUAACCCUGUUUCUGGAAAAAGUGAAAUAUUUCUUCUGAAUUAGUAGCACCAUUUUCUUUCUACAUUGCCUGGAAUAUUUAUAAAGGUAUCUCUCAUUGUGUUUGAACUUGGAAAAAUCUGCAAAGAUCAGACUUGCUGAAAAUAUGGUAGUUGAAGUAUUCGGAACAUUAUAGGAAUAUAUAAAAAAAAGGAAACAAGAAAUAUAUAAUUUGUGGUUGUAUAAGAAAUAUAGAACAAUGAGUCAUUUAAAGGAUAGCUUAUUUUCUGAAGAGAUGGCAAAAGAAAGAGAAAAACCAUCAUACAGUUGUGAUAUUUGUAAAAAGUCAUUAUCUAGUCAGGGAAAUCUCAACGUUCACAAGCGUAUUCAUACAGGUGAAAAGCCACAUCAGUGUGAUAUUUGUGGUAAAUCAUUCUCUGAAAAAGGUACUCUUGAUACUCAUAAAUACAUUCAUACAGGUGAAAGACCCCACAAGUGUGAUAUUUGUGGUAAAUCCUUCUCUUACACCAGCAGCUUUAAUAAACACAAGAAUAUUCACACAGGCGUGAAACCAUAUAAUUGUGAUGUCUGUGGCAAAUCCUUCUCUCAAAAGAGUGGCCUUGCUACACACAAAUACAUUCAUACAGGAGAGAAACCAUAUACCUGUGAUAUCUGUAGUAAAUCAUUCUCUCUAAGAAAGAACUUAGCCGAUCACAGACGCAUUCAUACUGGAGAAAAACCAUAUCAGUGUGAUAUCUGUGGAAAGUCUUUCUCUCAAAAGAAUUCCCUUACUUCUCACAAAUAUAGUCACACAGGAGAGAAACGAUAUUACUGUGAUGUCUGUGGUAAAUCUUUCUCUCAAAAAUGCAAUGUUACUUCUCACAAAAUUAUUCAUACAGGCGAGAAACCACAUUGCUGUGAUAUCUGUGGUAAAUCAUUCUCCUUAGGAAGUAGGUUAACCAUCCACAUACGUAUUCAUACAGGAGAGAAGCCAUAUCACUGUGAUAUCUGUGGCAAGUCAUUCAAUGUAAAACAUAUGUUAGUCGAACAUGGACGCAUUCACACUCGUGAAAAACCAUAUCACUGCGAUACCUGUGGAAAAUCAUUCUCUCGCAAAGGUACCUUAAAUCAACACAAAUCCAUUCAUACUGGAGAGAAGCGAUAUCACUGUGAUAUCUGUGAUAAAUCAUUCUCUGGAAAAAAUAAUUUUGCUGAUCACAUAUACAUUCACACAGGAGAAAAACCAUAUCAUUGUGAUAUCUGUGGUAAAUCAUUCUCUUACAGAACUGGAUUUACAACUCACAAAUUUAUGCAUACUGGGCAGAAACCCCAUCAAUGUGAUAUCUGUGGUAUGUCAUUCUCUCAAAAAAGGAGUGUUGCUAUUCACAGACGCAUUCAUACAGGAGAGAAACCAUUUCAUUGUGACAUUUGUGAUAAGUCAUUUAGUUACAGAAGUGCCCUUACUAGGCACAAAUAUAUUCAUAGGAGUGAGAAACCAUAGCACUUAGAGAUCUUUGGUGUAAGUUAUCCCUUUGAAGAAAUAAAUUAGCUGAACAGAGACACAUUCACAUGAGAGAAACCACAUUGUGAUUUUUGUGGUAAGCCAUUUUCCCAGUCAGGUCACUUAACUCUUUCGUUACCAACCCUGCUGAAACUGCCUUUGGCUCUGUAGUACAAAUGUCUUUGUUUUCAUAAGUAUUGAAUUAAAAUCUUCCACCAAACCUUAGUCACAAUUUAUGUUCCUAACA